GAUCUCCGGCGCGCCGAGCGGAGACGCGCAGUGUCCCUGUGCGUUCAGAGGAGGUAUCAGCUACGGGAAGAAGAGACAGCAGACCUAAAUUGCAGGCGACCAUUCCUUCACUGCUGGUGUCUUUUCUCAGCCACCUGCAGAAAUAAAAAAGAAGUCGGUAAUUUGCUGCACAUUUGAAGUGUUUCUCCCCAGGGCUAAAGCUCUCCAAUGUGUGUCGGAUCUAACACCUCCGGAGAAAUCGAGGAAUAUCAGACUCCCGUGGUGGAUGUGGACAUCUAAACUGUGGACAUGGAAAAGAUAGUGAAUUUAUCCCUUUCUGUUCUGCUGGUUUUAUGGGGAUGUGCGCUUGGAGGCUCGCCCAGUGUUCAAAUCGGGGGACUCUUUCCAAGGGGCGCGGAUCAAGAGUACAGCGCAUUUCGGAUAGGAAUGGUUCAGUUUGGCACCUCGGAAUUCAGAUUGACGCCCCACAUUGACAAUCUGGAAGUGGCUAAUAGUUUUGCUGUGACCAACUGCUUCUGUUCACAGUUCUCAAGAGGAGUGUACGCCAUCUUCGGAUUCUACGACAAGAAGUCUGUCAACACCAUCACGUCAUUUUGUGGGACGCUCCAUGUGUCCUUCAUUACGCCCAGCUUCCCUCUGGAUGGGAAUCAGCAGUUUAUCAUCCAGAUGAGACCCGAUAUCAAAGGGCCCCUCCUCAGCCUUAUCGAGUACUACAAGUGGGACAAGUUCGCCUACCUGUACGACAGCGAUCGAGGACUUACGACGCUGCAGGUUGUUCUAGACACAGCGGCAGAGAGGAAGUGGCAUGUGACAGCGAUCAACGUGGGGAACCUGAAAGACGAGAGGAAGGAUGAGGCCUACCGCUCUCUGUUCCAAGACUUGGAGAACAAAAAGGAGAGGAGGGUGAUCCUGGACUGUGAACAGGACAAAGUCAAAGACAUCAUGGAGCAGAUCAUCACAAUUGGCAGACAUGUUAAAGGCUACCACUACAUUAUAGCCAAUCUGGGUUUCAUUGAUGGGGACCUAACCAAAAUCCAGUAUGGCGGUGCCAACGUGUCGGGCUUUCAGAUUGUUGACUUCGAGGAUCCUUUGGUGUCCAAGUUUGACCAGAGAUGGGAAGCCCUAGAAGAAAAGGAGUAUCCUGGUGCUGACAGUAAAAUAAAGUACACAUCAGCGUUGACCUACGACGCCGUGCAGGUGAUGACGGAGGCCUUCCGCUACCUGCACAAGCAACGCAUCGACUUCACCAGGAGGGCCAACACUGGGGACUGCCUGGCCAACCCCGCUGUCCCCUGGGCUCAGGGAGGGGAGAUAGAGCGAGCACUAAAACAGGUGCGUGUGGAAGGCCUGACAGGAAACAUCCAGUUUGAUCAACAUGGCAAGAGAGUCAACUACUCAGUGAACAUAAUGGAGUUAAAGACUAACGGCCCUGUAAAGAUUGGCUACUGGAAUGAAGUUGACAAAAUGGCCGUCACCAAAUCUGAUGUCUUUGCAAAUGAAUCGACAGGAAUGGAAAACAAAACAGUGAUUGUCACCACAAUCUUGGAAGCUCCAUAUGUAAUGCUGAAAAAGAACUCUGAACAGUUUACUGACAAUGAGCGCUACGAGGGUUACUGUGUAGAUCUGGCUGCGGAGAUAGCGAAGCACUGCGGCUUCAAAUAUCAACUGAAAAUAGUGAGUGAUGGGAAAUACGGAGCCAGAGAUGCGGAGACCAAAAUCUGGAACGGGAUGGUUGGAGAGCUGGUGUACGGGAAAGCUGACAUUGCAGUGGCUCCUCUGACCAUCACUUUGGUACGAGAGGAAGUGAUUGACUUCUCCAAACCCUUCAUGUCUCUGGGAAUCUCCAUCAUGAUAAAAAAGCCUCAGAAAUCCAAACCUGGUGUCUUUUCUUUCCUGGACCCGCUGGCCUACGAGAUCUGGAUGUGUAUCGUGUUUGCCUACAUAGGCGUAAGCGUGGUGCUGUUCCUUGUCAGCCGCUUCAGCCCGUACGAGUGGCACACUGAGGAGUAUGAGGACGGGCAGAUCCAGACCAAUGAGUCGACGAAUGAGUUUGGCAUAUUCAACAGCCUGUGGUUCUCCCUUGGAGCCUUCAUGCGCCAAGGCUGUGACAUCUCACCUAGAUCUCUGUCUGGGCGCAUUGUUGGGGGCGUUUGGUGGUUCUUCACUUUAAUCAUCAUCUCCUCCUAUACCGCCAACCUGGCUGCUUUCCUGACUGUCGAGAGGAUGGUCUCGCCCAUUGAAAGUGCAGAGGAUCUUGCCAAACAGAGUGAGAUAGCCUAUGGGACUCUGGACUCUGGCUCUACCAAAGAGUUUUUUAGGCGCUCAAAAAUUGCCCUCUUUGACAAAAUGUGGACAUACAUGCGCAGUGCGGAGCCCUCUGUGUUUGUGAAAACCACAGCCGAGGGCGUUGUGAGAGUCCGCAAGUCUAAGGGGAAGUACGCCUACCUGCUGGAGUCCACCAUGAACGAGUACAUCGAGCAGCGGAAACCCUGCGACACCAUGAAGGUUGGAGGAAACCUCGACUCCAAAGGAUACGGGAUCGCUACGCCGAAAGGAUCCUCAUUAAGAAAUGCGGUUAACCUCGCAGUACUAAAACUGAAUGAGCAAGGCCUGUUGGACAAAUUGAAAAACAAAUGGUGGUACGACAAAGGAGAGUGCGGCAGCGGGGGAGGUGAUUCCAAGGAGAAGACCAGCGCUCUCAGCCUGAGCAACGUGGCUGGGGUGUUCUACAUUCUGGUCGGAGGACUCGGCUUGGCCAUGCUGGUGGCCUUGAUUGAGUUCUGUUACAAGUCCCGAGCCGAGGCCAAGCGAAUGAAGGUGGCAAAGAAUGCACAGAAUAUUAACCCACCUUCCUCGCAGAAUUCCCAGAAUUUUGCAACUUAUAAGGAAGGUUACAACGUAUAUGGGAUCGAAAGUGUAAAAAUUUAGGGGAUGACCUUUGGGGACGCCAUGAGGAACAAAGCAAGACUUUCCGUCACUGGGAGUAACGGGGAGAAUGGUCGGGUGAUGACUCCAGAGUUUCCUAAAUCUGUCCACGCUGUCCCGUACGCGAGACCUGACAUGGGACUAAACGUCAGCCUGACAGAUCUGUCCUGAUCAAUGAGAAACUUCUGAGUGCCUUACAAUGGUUUCAAUAGAGUGUUUUUUUUUCUUUUCCGUCCUGCCCUCCCUCCUUCUGUUCUGCGGCUUUUUCUGUCUGUCUGGUGAAAAAGGAAAAAGAUGGAGGCUUCAUUUUGUGGCUCACAAAGACUUGUAUUGUUGCUCUCUGUCUCUAUUUCUCACCGUAUAAAACCCCUCUUUCUCUCUGGGUGGAAUUACAUCUCGGAAUAUAAAAGGGAGGCUCUUUUUUUCUAAACUGAUGACACCACGCUUUCCUAUCUUACUGUCUGGACUGGACUGAAACAGAGACGAGGGCUUGAUUGACGGCAACGGCUGCUUCUGGGAGUCCGAGUUUCAGUCAUCUCAACUGUGUGUGUGUGUGCGUGUGCGUGUGUGUGUGUGUGAAGAGCUCGGGUGUGUGUCAGAGGAAGAUUUCAUCAAAAUCACACUGUUUCUGUAGCCCCCACCGCCGAACAGGAUUUUCAAACACACUUGAUAUCAUCUGCAUUAAGAUGUGAAAAUGUCCUUUUUUUUCUAAGAAAAUCUAAAAAAAAGUUUAUUGAAAAAAAGUAUUUUUAUGUAUUUUCACAAAAUAGCUUUUAAAUAAACUUGCUUACAUACUGGUUGGAUAUAACAUCUUAAUGUGUGAGUAUUCAAAAGGAAUAAAAUACUAAACAGCUUAUAGUUCCAUAUUUUUAAAGCCAAACACAUUGCAUAUGGGGCUGAGAUGUUGAAAUCAUGUAAUUAAUUCUUACUCUAAACUUUUCCUGUAUAUUUUAUUCUUUAACAUUUGGUGUUGAUAUGAAAUAUAUGUCAAUGCUUGACAUUUGGAAUCAAUCCUUCUACGUUUUACUUGUUAGAGUUGGUACAGCAAUUUUGCUUUAUACUUUUGUCUUUUUGUUUUGCUUCCGCGCUUUUGUUGUUUGUAUUUUUUCUGCCGAGAACCAGGGUUGUUCUACUUUGAAAAAGGAAAUUGAACUGUUUACAUGCCAUCAAUGCAAAACAAAAAAAUAGUACAGUAUUAUCGCAUCACAUUUUAAAGUGACAUCAAAAAGAGGCAUCGACAUCUACACAGUGGUUUUAAAUGCCAAAUAAGUGACAGUGCCAAAAUCUAGUGCCAGUAGAUAUGAAUAUAGUCCUAAUAUAAUCAAUCACUGUCAUCUCAGUGAAUGUAAAUUAUACAUUCUGUAAUUUUUUGUAACUAGAUGUACAGUUGGUGGCAAUGACAGUGCUAAUACAAUAGCCUUUACGCUUUGUUUCUCCAUGUAUUUUGCAUUGAUCUGACAAUAAAGUAGCACCAGUUGCAUGUUGUUGCAGAAAAUAUUACAUACGUUUAUUUCAUUACUGCCAAACAUGCAUUUUCAUUUAAAUGUUGAAGUUGUGAGGUUAAUUGUUUGAAAUUGGAAAUAUAAUGUUAGACAUAUAUACAAUAUAUACAUAUAUACAUAUAUUUUAUACAAAAAGUUUGAAUAUGAAAAAUGAUAGCCCCUUUUCAUCAAAGCGACUCUGCUUCCUUUAAAUACUAAAUUUGGUUACUUAUUAAACUAAUGUUUUUUUUUAGCUAUUUAGUCCCAACAUAAGUUAUUUAGAAAACUUAUGCAGACAAGCACUUUUAAUUAUAAGACACACUUUGUUUUAUUUUUUCUAAAAUUGACUUAUGACGAGUCUUCAACUGCAACACACAAGUUAAACUGUAUUAAUAUUAUUACUGUUGUUUUUUAAACAAUAUAAACAUGUAGUUGCUUAUCAAAUUCCAUCGCAUAUUCAGGCUAUUCUCACUGACAUUUUGUAUAUGGAAUGUGUGCUGACUUGUUUAUUUUUUGGGACUCUUUCUAAAUAAAAGUGGCUGAUCUCUUGUUA